AAAAGUGGACUCUCAGAGCUUGCCGGGUUAGUCCGAAACUGAAAUUUGCUGGAAAAGUAUAUUUAACCAAAAUUUACUUACAAUAACAGUAUUUGUGAACUAAUUGGAGUUUAGGAAAAGAAGGAUUUUUCAGGUUGGUCUCUAUAGAGGAGCUUUGAAGAUAUUCUUGAGGUGCUGAAGGAACCAAAGUCAGUAUGUCGAACAGAAAAUGGGUAACUCAGCCAGAUGUUUAUGUGUGUCCUUUGACAAAAGAGGCUCAAGAACUAGCGAUGUUUGAGCUGCGAGAAAAUGAUCAGACCAGAGAUUCUGCUUUAGAAUCAAUGAGAGAUUGGAUAAAGCAAAAUCCAAGAAUAAAAAAUUGCCGACUAGAUGCCCGCUUUUUGCUGAGAUUCCUGCGAUUUAAAAAAUUCAGCGUUGAACAGGCCAAAGAAGCACUUGAAAGAUAUAUUCUUCUGCGACAAUGUUUCGGAGUUGCGUUCAACUGCCUGGAUAUUACUAUUCCUAUGAUGGAGGAACUAACCAAUCUUGGAUACAUGUUUGCGUGUCCUAAGCGGGACAGUCAAGGAAGAAGAGUAAUUGUAGCUCGACCCGGUGUUUUUGAUUUGAACAAAUUCACCAACGGAGAUAUGUGCAGAAUUCACGGAAUUGUCUAUGAAACUUUGAUGGAGGAUGAGGAAAAUCAAGUGCGGGGAUUUGUUCACUUUGCUGAUGGAUCGGGUGUGGGAUUUGCUUACUUGACGCUUUUCACUAUUAGAGAAGCUGUUCGCAUUGUAAAGAAUGGGGAGAAAACUUUGCCAAUGAGACACAAAGAAGUCCAUGGAUUCAAUAUACAUCCAUCCAUGAAAUUUGCGCUUGACUGGGGCAUGACUUUAAUUUCCGAUAAAAUCAAGAGCAGAGUGAGGCUUUACUCAAACAUAAAUGAGGUGCUGGAUGCCGGACACGUGGAGAAGCAUAUUUUACCGAAAGAAUAUGGUGGAACUAUGCCAAUGUCGGAAAUGAUUGAACUGUGGAAAGAGGAACUUAGGCAAUCCCAUCCCAUUUUAAUGUCCCACGAUGAAAUGGCUGUAAAUGAGGAAUUAUUUAGCCGCAGAGAAAAAGAGGGAGCAGUUUCGGCUUUGAGGAGGCAGGGAGUUUCGUGCGGAGCUGAAAAGGAUUCGCUAUGCGGCAUUACUGGAAACUUUCGAAAAUUGGAAGUUGAUUAAUAAAGCGCAUUUUAACUUACUACAGAUGUAUUGGAUAAGCAAAUUUGUGAUGAAAUUAUACAAUUAACGUAGCUUUGGAUGCUGCAGUAACUGCAUCUAAUCAGUACAAACCUUCUGAGCUAAAAGAGUUAUUUGGGUUAAAAUGCAUCGCAUGUGAAUAAUAAGUAAGGUAACUCAGAUAAAGGUUUGGUCUGUGGUCAUUUUAUAGUAUGACACUAUUUACCACUUAGAUUGUAAUGAAAUAUAUUUUAUUAAUUUCCCACAUAUGCAAUUGUAGGACAGUAAUAUAAAUCUUAUAUAUUUUUUUAACAAA